CGGAGCCGGCCGGCGGGAGGCGCGGUCAGGGAGGAGGCUUGGGCCUGCGGGCCGGCAGCAACAGGGGAGCCGCGGGCGGCGGCGUGAGCAGGGCGGCCGAGCCCGGCGCUCUACCCCCAUGGCCCGGAGCGGGCCGCGGCGUCGGCGGCGCUGACAGGCCCGGGGCGGCGCGGGCGGGGACUGGGGCCGAGGGGAAGAUGAGCGCUCUCCUACAGCAGAAGGAGCAGCAAGAGAGGCUGCGGGAGGCUGCGGCCUUGGGGGACAUUCGGGAGGUGCAGAAACUGGUGGAGAGCGGGGUGGAUGUGAACUCCCAAAAUGAGGUCAACGGCUGGACCUGUUUACACUGGGCAUGUAAACGCAAUCAUGGCCAGGUGGUCUCUUACCUGUUAAAAUCUGGAGCGGACAAGGAGAUUCUCACCACGAAAGGAGAAAUGCCAGCCCAGCUGACGUCCAGGAGAGACAUCAGAAAGAUCAUGGGAGUGGAAGAUGAGGAUGAUGGCGACAACCUCCCCCAGACGAAGGAGUCAGAACUGCCCUUCGUUCCCAACUACUUGGCCAACCCGGCCUUCCCUUUCAUCUACACCCCUGCGGCGGAAGAUUCGGCCCUGCUGCAGAAUGGGGGCCCGUCCCUGCCUCCUGCCUCACCCCCUGCAGAUGGCUCUCCUCCGCUGCUCCCCCCUGAGGAGCCGCCCCUGCUAGGGGCUUUUCCCCGGGACCACCCCUCUUUGGCGCUGGUUCAGAAUGGGGAUGUGUCUGCCCCCUCUGCCAUCCUCAGAACACCAGAAAGCACAAAACCAGGUCCUGUCCGUCAGCCCCCAGUGAGUCAGAGUCGGUCUCUGUUCUCUUCUGUCCCGUCCAAGCCACCUGUGUCGAUGGAGCCUCAAAAUGGGACAUAUACAGGACCGGCGCCAGCGUUCCAGCCAUUUUUCUUCACCGGAGCAUUUCCAUUUAAUAUGCAAGAGCUGGUCCUCAAGGUACGGAUUCAAAACCCAUCUCUUCGGGAAAACGAUUUCAUUGAAAUUGAGCUGGACCGACAGGAGCUCACCUACCAAGAAUUGCUCAGAGUGAGUUGCUGUGAGCUGGGCAUUAACCCGGAUCAGGUGGAGAAGAUCAGAAAGUUGCCCAAUACUCUGGUAAGAAAGGACAAAGACGUUGCUCGACUCCAAGAUUUCCAAGAGCUGGAACUGGUUCUCACGAUAAGUGAAAAUACUUUUCUGUUCAGAAGUGCUGCGUCCACACUGCCUGAAAGGCCUUGCUACAACAGGAGAGCUUCCAAACUGACUUACUGAUGCAGCAGGGACUCUCACCACCGAGUGUUGUGACAGUGCGCGUCCCCUCUGGGCCAAGGACAAGCCAUCAAUCUACACGCCUUGGGCGCCCUGCAGGCCCCCAGUGCCACCGAGUAGUACACACUAACAUUGUUCUGCCAAGGUAGGAAGCCCCUGACCCCCAAGCAGUGGUGCCAUUCUCCCACGCCUCUUGGUGCACAAUAAACUUAUUGCUCGAAGCUGUGACAGCAAAGUGGUCUGGAGAGGCAGAAGCUGACGGUUCUGUACGUAGUGUUUUACACGCAGCACGUGAGGGAGUUGUCUGAGCAGGAGCGGAGAGAGGGCGAGCCUGUUUCUAGUCACCCUGUUGACAGUGCACCUGAAGGGCCGGGUGCGCUUUUUUCGUGUCGCAUGCUCACAACUCUCCCGAACUGGGAACUGGUUCCGGAGGAAAACUGCGAAACACAGGUACUGGACAAGUGGGUUUCAGUGUGACUUGUGGCUGUGAGGUUUCAUAUAACAUAUUUAUAAAUGUUACUCAGGUUCAAAGUAUUUAAGAAUACAAUUACCUAAUUGUAAAUAGGCUGUUAACCAAAAGAGAUUGCCCUCCCUCACUUUUCCCUUUGUAAACACUCAUGACUGCUUCUCCGUUGUCUCCAGCCAGCCAUCGCCUAGACGGUCACCUCUGCAUAACUUCCCUUUGUGGCCACUAGAGGGCUCUCCGAUGCCUUCCAAAAGAGCAACCACUUUUUUUUUUUUUUUCCACUGAAGUGAUUCCUGCCACCCCCGGGUUUACUUGUAUGAGAAGAGCACAAACAUUGCCUGUCCGUGUUCUGCACUUUCGUUUUCCACUAGAAAUGAAAAGCAGUUUUUGAGACUGAACCUGUUGCUGUUUUAGAGGUUAUUGUGGGAAACUGAGCUAAAGGAGUUAACACACUUAUUUUUGUAUCAAAGAUAAAGGUUAUUUUGAAAUUAUUAGGAUUUUUACAACUCUGAAAUCUGUUGCUUUUGUAAACAAAUUGUUUGAUCUUAGGACUCCCCCACGAUCCCCGCCAAUCUACUACCAUCCCCGACAAAGUCAAUUGUGAGUCUGCCGGGCUUGUCCUGGAAAAAACAAAUACACACCUGAUUAAACUCUUGAACAUGGUGUAAGAAUUUUUGAAAAGAAUGCUUUCAAGGAUUCCUCUCCUUCCCUUCAGUGUCAUUAAUGUGAAAAGGAAAGCCACUGUCUUGUUGAAAUAAACAGUUUAACUUUAGAAAGAAGGACGAGCACACAGGCAGACAGGAGAGCAGGGCUUUGAAGCCAGCUGUUGCAGGGCACCCCUGCUGUCUUAAGAAGAUUUUUCCCAUAGUGCCUAUAGUUUCCAAAGAAACUCAACCUCCGGUGUUAAUUUUAUUGGAACACGACUUGAGAGAGAAUGUGCAGAAGAUGUCAGGGGAAGAGAAUGUGGCGCUAAGAUGCCGGCCUCCCGCUGCUGCCCAGAUGUCGAGCUGAGGUCGAGGUGUUUUCAAGGCCAGCUUCACGGAGUCGCUCUGUUCAGUGAUUUAAUGUGUGUCCCAGCAAUUCCUGGUGGCGACUUACCCUUGUACAGUGUCUACAUGGCGGAGUGAAGGUGACUCCCUGCUCCCUUUCUCUGAAGUCCUUUAAAGAGACCUCCCCUGUGUUCCAACCAAUCAGAAGCUAGCUUAUCCAGACUUACUAACCUUUUUAUCCCCUUACCUUUGAAAAAAAAAGUUAGUUUAAAUGAUAAAAUUAAGAUUCAUUCUAUCUUGAAGGAAAUCAAUUUAGUAUUAAUUCAUGUCUAAUCACUGGGGUUAACACCCUUGCAGCCGUCCAGAUCAGUUAGCGAUGAGAAGCAGUGGGGGCCCCCGGCUGAGAGGCGGCCUACGGAGGACUCACCCAGGGCAUUUCGGGGGCUUCAGAAACCCUGGGAGCCAGGCGCGUGGCAUCUCAGGUGAGAGACGGACCCCACACUGGUCUCUCUUCUCCUGCACCAAGUCCUCUCUAGUCCAGUGGCUCCUAUAUGUGGCAGUAGGAUGCGACUGCGCAGUUGCUUGUGGGUGAGUUUAAAGUCUAAAUCUAUGCAUUCAGAGAAAUAUUUUUAUAUGCUUUGUGUAAUUUAUAACAAAGAUUUUUUUUAGCUUUGUUAACUGUGAAUUCACCCCUCCCCCUCCACUGCAUAUUUAAAGCAUGUGUUCACACUGUGCGUAAACAUUCACUGAAGAUAAUUUUCUUUGUGCAUCGCUGACUGUUCAAAUAUAAUAAGUAUUAUUAAAAUUAAAUAUUAACUGACC